AUGGCACCUGAGACCAUCCUUGGAGUUGUUCCCUUGUUUGGCGCAUUUUGCCUGCUUUACGUGUGGAGCGACUCGGUGGUAUUCAAACUGAUCCCACGUCUCUUUGACACACCCGCUAUAGAGAUCGACCAUCGCAAGCUCGGGCUCAAACACGCUUACGAAGACCUUUCAAAGCCAUCAACCGGCUACACUCAUGGUGUUGCAUGGACAAGAGUUGUUCGUGUACUUUUUGCUUUCACUUUGUCGUGCAAUGCGUUGGUGAUAGUGUUGGUGCUACUGGAGAUCCUUCAGCUGAUGAACCAUGAUUCCAAGGUAUUUGCCUGGCACGCUGUGGUUCCCACCCUUAUUGUUUUAUUGACAUAUGUCAUUCCUGCUGCCUUCUUUGCCUCAUGGAUUCGCAAAAUCUCGCUCAAUGCCAAAAUACAGGCGGUGAUUACGGCAGUAGGGCUGCUAGCUUGGACCACUGUGCUCGGAACCUUGCGAGGAGCAUUUGCCACUGAAGACAUUGAAUCGACAGACGAUACUUAUGUUUCUCGAUCUCUUCGUCAAUUGACUUUACUUGGGGUAGUUGCACUGGCAUUUUUGUCUGGAAUGGGUUCUAUUUCUCAGCCUUUCUAUUGUUUCUUACGCAGAGCCAAGCCUGUAAAGGAAACCGACAUUGCCAACAUGGCUGCUACUUUGAGGACAACAGACGAGCUCCUGAGUAGACGUCAGCAUGAUCUCGAGCUUGCAGAAGCAGCGGCGCCGGAUGUGACACAGUCUUCUUCGUUUCGCGACAAGCUGUUUAGGGCUGGAGCCGGUUCUUCUUCGCAGACAGACCUGCGAAAUGAGGUCAAUGCUUUGAUCCAGAUGGAGCGCGCUAUCUACCUUGAUCUUGGAAGACUUACCACAGCUCAUGAGGCCCAAUUGCGAGGCUCCAGAAUCGCUGGAAAGUUUGCUUCUGGUGGUCGAAGGGUAUUUGCGGUCUACUGUUGUUACAAGGUGAUAUCCAUUUUAUGCCUGCGAUUGCCUGUGAUCCUUUACCACGAAUAUAUAUCGCCAGAAAAGGUCCUCGAAGGUCCCAUUCCGGCCAAUCAGGUGUCUCAGGAUGCACUUGCCGUCACCCUGGCCAAGCUGGUCAAGUCGUGGAACCAGGGAUUGGACGAGGAUUCGCUUGUGAUCGAGCUCAGUUUCAUUCUUUCCGGUGCAUUAUUCUACUGUUCCUUUUCGAGUGUUCUUCUGACGUUUAACUCGCUCAAAAAGCUGCUUCCCGUCAAGAUUCGCCCAGCCAGAUCUGCCCCAGAAAAUAGACUUUCCACGGUAAGGUCCCUUCUAACGGCCGAGCUCUCGGGGAUUUACAUUCUAUCCACGACGAUACUAUUAUUGGCAAAUUUGCCUCAUGCUCUUUCGGAUAGUCUGGUGAGUGCGCUGGGUUAUCCAGACCUGGAAGGCAAGCUUAUCGAAAAACUGUUCGAUAAGGUUUUUGCAUUGAGUUGUGUCACCACAUGUGUGGGGAUCUUCAUCAGUGAAAGCUUCCAGCGGUUCUACGAAGAUGACGACGACAUUUACGACGAGGAACUGAUGCUCGAGACCAAGAUCCUGAAGGACAUCUGA